GGCGGAGAGCGAAAAGCGCUGAGAGUCGCACUUCCAUCAGCAGCGUUAACACACUGCCGGGCCUUUACCUCCGGCGUGUUCGGAUCUACAACCGUCGGAACAUUUAGGAGAUUUAAGCUGUUUUAAUGUUCGCCGGAGCGAGCGGAACCUGCCAUCAUGGGUUUGCUAUUACCAGCCAAUGUGCUGAAGUGAGCAGAAUUUUACCUUUGGUUUAAGCCCCACCUGUCCCUCAGGGGCCAGUUCCCCCUUCUGUCCCACCAGUAGACCAGCAAUCAUGGCGGGAAUCAAGCGCGGGUACGACGGUAAGAUCGCCGGACUGUAUGACCUGGACAAGACGCUCGGUCGCGGCCAUUUCGCUGUGGUCAAACUAGCACGGCACGUCUUCACCGGUGAGAAAGUGGCAGUCAAGGUGAUUGACAAGACCAAGCUCGACACUGUUGCGACCGGCCACCUCUUCCAGGAAGUCCGCUGUAUGAAACUGGUCCAGCACCCCAACAUCGUUCGGCUCUAUGAGGUCAUCGACACGCAGACCAAGCUCUACCUUAUCCUGGAGCUCGGCGACGGGGGCGAUAUGUUUGAUUACAUCAUGAAACAUGAGGAGGGAUUAAAUGAGGAGCUGGCGAAGAAAUAUUUUGCCCAGAUUGUGCACGCCAUCUCGUACUGUCACCGGCUGCACGUGGUUCACCGCGAUCUGAAGCCAGAGAAUGUUGUGUUCUUUGAGAAGCAGGGCCUAGUCAAGCUCACCGACUUUGGCUUCAGCAAUAAGUUUCAGCCUGGAAAGAAGCUGACCACCAGCUGUGGAUCACUGGCUUACUCUGCCCCAGAGAUCCUGCUGGGUGAUGAGUAUGAUGCACCUGCUGUGGAUAUUUGGAGUCUAGGAGUCAUCCUCUUCAUGCUGGUAUGUGGUCAACCUCCCUUCCAGGAGGCCAACGACAGCGAGACGCUCACUAUGAUCAUGGACUGCAAAUACACUGUACCUACCCAUGUCUCCAAUGCCUGCAAAGACCUAAUAAACCGGAUGCUUCAAAGGGAUCCAAAGAGGCGAGCAUCAUUGGAAGAGAUUGAGAGUCAUGCGUGGCUUCAAGGGGUGGACCCGUCUCCUGCCACAAAGUAUAACACCCCAUUGGUGUCCCACAAGAACCUGUCUGAAGAAGAGCACAACAGCAUCAUCCAACGCAUGGUUCUGGGAGAUAUCGCAGAUAGAGAAGCCAUCAUCGAAGCCCUGGAGACAAACAAGUACAACCACAUCACUGCUACUUACUUCCUGCUGGCUGAACGGAUCCUGAGGGAAAAGCAGGAGAAGGAGGUGCAACCUCGUUCUUCCAGCCCCAGUAACAUCAAGGCCCACUUCAGGCAGUCAUGGCCGACCAAAAACGACAUGCAUCAGGACAUUGAGGACAGCUUAGCAUCUUCGUCCAUCUCUCAUGCCGGAGGUCCUCAGACUCCAGCUCGCAGUGCAGAGAACUUGCUGAAUGGUCACCGAAAUAAGGGGCUUAUGGAAUUGGGCCGAAGAGAGGAUGCCAGUGAAGCCUCUAGCAGCUCUACUGCAACUACCACUCUGCCAUCAAACCCCCUCAAGACUGGGGUCAUGGCGCCUCUUGCGUCCCCUUCAGCCAAGCAACGAACUUGCCUUUUUCGAGUUGAAGAGGAUGAGGAGGAGGAGGAAGAGCAGGAGACUUCACCACUACCCACCCAAGUGGUGCUGCGGCGCAAGCCACUGUCCAUUACCAACCGGCUUACAUCUCGCAAGAGUGCCCCGGUGCUCAAUCAGAUCUUCGAAGAGGAAGGCGAAUCAGACGAUGACUUCGACAUGGAUGAGAGUCUUCCGCCUAAGCUUAGCCGGUUGAAGAUGAACAUGGCAUCUCCUGGUACGGCCCAAAAGCGCUACCACCGGCGCAAGAGUCAGGGCCGUGGUUCAAGCUGCUCUAGCUCAGAGACCAGCGAUGACGAUUCAGAGAGUCACCUUCGACGUCUAGACAAAGACACUGGGUUCACCUACAGCUGGAACCGCAGGGACAGUAGUGAGGGUCCACCUGGAAACUCGGGGGGCAAUGGAGGUGGUAGCAGUGGAGGACAGAGUAAACCUCCUGGGGAGGGUAACUCAGGACCAGACAAGGGCAGUUCUCCAGGAGGAGGAGGAAAUAAUGAUAGUACUGGAGGGGGCGGGGAAGGUGGGGGUGGUACAAAAGGACAGGGUGGCCCUUCCAGCUGUUCCCGUAGCAACAAUGUUUCAUCUGGCUCAACUCGUAGUGCAACUCGGAGUGCAGGGGAACUAGUAGAAAGUCUCAAGCUCAUGAGUCUCUGCUUGAGUUCUCAGUUUCAGCAUCGCAGCUCUGGAGGAGGGGGUGGAGGACGAUUCAUCCUUGAUCCUCAGAGCCUGUCCAGUGUUAAAGUCCAGGAGAAAUCCUCCUGGAAGAUGUGCAUUGGUUCCAACAGCAGUCUAGACAAAGUGAUCAACCCUGCCUUGAAUGGUGGUGUUGGAACAAUGGAGCAUUAUCCAGACCAAACAGCAGUCAUGCUAAAUGAACUUGGCCUGGUCAAGGAGAAUAACCUGAACUUGAAAAACAAUGUUCUCCAGCUACCUCUGUGUGAAAAGACCCUCUCCGUGAACAUCCAGCGAAGCCCUAGGGAUGGGCUGCUCUGUGCCUCUACCCAGGCCAGCUGCUGUCAGGUCAUAUGAUGGUGCAUCACAUGGCUGGUUCUUAGAGUGGUUUGUUCCUAUUGCCACAUUUGUAGCAUAACAAUGACUUGAGUUCUCCAUCAGUAGCUGUAUUUGACCUCUCUCUAUCCCCAAUCUGACCUUUAAACCUGCCUUCUAUGUUGUCUUAAUCAUUCUUUCAACUUAUUUAUUAAGUUUCUACUCUUGGACCCAAUUGUUUUUAAUGAAGUGCACGCUGCUAUCCUUUCCUUUUACUUUUUUUUUUUUUUUUGCCCCAUUAGACUUUAAUUCAAAAUCCAUUUUAAAGUCUUGUUUAUUUUGCUUUUAUAGCCCUCUAAACAAAUUGCUCUUACAGUGAAAUCCAUGGAAAUCCAACUGAUUUUGUACAAUAAAAUUACCUUUAAUAAAGUCAGAUAUUUAAAUUAAAGCCAAACUUAUGAUAGAGCAGAACAUGGCAAUUUAUAAAACAAGCACUUAACAAGCCUCAACCUAAAUAUAAAUAUUGCUACUGGUUUUGUAAAUUAAAAGUAUCAUUGUAAAGAGACAGUUUGAAUGGUAAUACAGUAAAAGCAAUAGUGAGAGUAAAGAACCAACCUUGUUUAAUUCACAGCGCUCUUUGAUGAGUCUUAAACUAAAUUACCAUUUUGCACAAAAUCUGUUUUUUAUUCACAAUUUCAUUGUUAAUACAUUUUCAGUUUAACUAAACUUUUGAGGUUACUGACAAUCAGUUGCAAUUAAGUUGCAAGUUAAGUUCUUAAAAGAUAAUUUCCUUAAAGGGGGUUACAGGAUAACCCAGAUAACUUGAUUCUUAAUUGUUUUGUUUGAAUUAUAUUGUCACACAUGUUCACCAAAGUCAUGAUUCACACCAGACCAGUUUUGUUUAAAUUGUAUGAAUUUAAGGAAAUAUUUUUGAUGUUUAAGUGCAAUUUAUACAUGUCAUAGCUGAUUAAUUUUGGUAACCCCCUCUGUGAAAUGCCCUACUAAGUAAUAUUGUUUGCCAAAAUUGCAUCCCAGAAAGCACUGUUGUUAUAGCCAGAUCUAAAUGCGUUCACAGUUUUUGUUAAAUUACAAAAUUACCAUUGCACUAUUGUGUUAGUGUAGUCUACAAUUAGAAUACUGUGAACAAACCAAUCAGAGUGGGGAUAAUUAGAAUGCUGUUUCUGCUAGAGUUAAAUCAAACCUACAUACACCAUCAGGCCUUUGUAGUACUGAAUGUUUAGAGAAGAUUAAUGAGAACCGUUGAGCCGGUAGCUAAUUUUAUUCAAUGUCAUUUUUAAAAUACAGUAUUUAAAUAGAUACAUUACUUUGUCAUUUAGGACUUUCAAUCUCACUCACCCCUGUUGUUCUUGUGCUGUUCAGCAUUGAGUUACUGUAUGUACCAGUCUCAGAAAGGACUGGCCUUAGGGGCUGUUUAUAUAAGUAUGUACAUAUAUUUUUAAAAGUUUAUUUUUUUGAAAGGACUGCUGUUUUAUGCUGUGUUGGGUGCAGGCCUUGUGUUGACUUCCAGUUGGGAUAAAACAGGGCAAAUUUGUCACCUAGCCUCCUCAUAAUGGAUAAAUAAAUGGUAUAUCUUACACCGAGUGCAUGGCAUCUUUUUCAGGAAACAUGGCUUUAAGAGUUAGCCAUUGGGUAACCAUGACCUGGUAUAGAAAGAAGUCAAAGCUCUGCAAAGCUCUGCAGAACUGUGAGUGUAAACCGAAAUUGGGUGUGAUAUAUUUUAAGGGCAUUUGCAAUAAGCUAAGCUAUAAGUUGCAGCUAUAUGUAAAUAUAAUUUUCUGUUUUUAUAUUUCAAACCUGUACAUCCUUUAAAUGUCUCACUUGACCGAAAAUGUAUCUUAAGUAUUUCUGUUUGUUUUGUCUUUUAGUUUUAAGAAUAAAGUCUGUAAAUAUAGGUGUAAAUAUGGUGCUCUAUUCUUAGAAAUGCAGUGUUGGACUUGGAAUUGUUCAUAGCUGUAAUAUAGCCUUAUUAGAUAUGAGUGUCAUACAGAGCAAGGGAGGUUGAAAAGAAAAUAGUGCUAUAUGCAUAAUGUCUGACUUUGUCCUUCUCUAAUGUAAACAACUAAACGACAUGUGCAUGUGUUGUGCAUUUGACAUUAUUGAUCCAUGUACAUUCAGAGGAAAAGAACCACCACAAAACGUUACAGGACCAAACCAUGUACUGACGUCAAAAGAAAGAAGAAAAAAUCAACUUUGAAGAAGCAAAAUGAAUAAAUGUUCUGUUGCUGAAACUUGUCCUUUAAAGUUACAUAUAGCUAUGGUGAUGUUCAAAAUUAA